UCAUGCUGGCAGGCAAAGACAUCGUGUCGGGCGGCGGCAACUGUGACCUUCCGGAGGAAUCCCUGAGCGACAAUUAUGACAUCAUUAUGAUCCUCAGCUACGGCAGGAUGGCCAAGGUGUACCUAGCGGCCGAGCGGGCGACGGGGGAGGAGGUGGCGCUGAAGGCCGUGUACCGCGACAUGGUACGGCGGCGGGACGUGAAGCGAGAGUACCAUUACGCGUCCCACCUCGACCACCCGAACCUGGCGAGCGCGACCGCCCGGCUCUUCCAGACCGACCUGUACUUCGUCUACCCGAUGGAGUACGCGGCCUACGGGGACCUGGGGGCGCUGCUCAAGGCCAGGACGGUGGAGGAGAUCCCCGCGCGCUGGAUGGCGGAGCAGGUGGCCAGCGCCCUCACGUACCUGCACGGCUUCCAGCUGGUGCACGGCUGCCUGGUCCCCGAGAACAUCCUGAUCUUCCGGCCCAACCUGUCCCUGGUCAAGAUUACCGACUUCGGCGCCACCUGCCGCAGCGGGACGUACGUGCGGCGCCGCCUGUCCCUCGGCCCGUACAACCCGCCCGAGCUCAGCCGCAGCGACGUGGGCGAGUGCUACUACACCGGGACCUCCCUGGACUCGUGGGCGCUGGGCGUGCUCAUCAUCCACUGCCUGACGGGGGUGAAGCCCUGGGCCACCAGCGACGUGUCCGAUCCCGACUACGCCGCCUUCAGGAACUGGCAACGCGUCAAGUCCACCCGCGUGCCGAGGCCUUUCAAGAGGUUCACGGUGCGCCUCCUGCGGCUGGUGCGGCGCCUGCUGGAGCCCCGCGGCUGGUCGCGCUACGCCGCCAAAGAGGUCUUCAAGUACACUGAGGAUGACUGGCUGAUCAAGUCCCGCGACAGGAGCGACAGCUACGACACGAGCGCCAUGGUGCUGCCGCCGCGCCCCCCGAGCCAGCCGCACCCCCAGGCGCUCUCCCCCCCGCGUGCCUCAGGCCCUUACUCGUCCGUGUAGUCUCAGACGCCCCAUGACAAUCCGUGACGCCGAGAACUCGUAGCAAAACACUGGCAGAUUAUUGUUGUAGGAAUUUUGUAGAAAGCGAUUUUUGGUCACAUGAAUCCGGUCGAAUAGUUAGGGUAUGUUCCACCAUUGGAGUUCUUUCGUAAGACAUUAUAAAUAGCCU